AUGAAAAUUUCAUUAGUAAUAGUUAUACCUUUUAUUGUGUCCGAAGCAUACGCCCUGACAGCAGGCAGAGCCAUUGGCUCAACCGCAUAUCCCACACUAAGCAAGUCGUCGGAAAAAGAGCCUGUCCACGUGCUGGCUAUGGAAGGCGCAUCUAGAAGCACAAAGAAAGAAAGCGCGGCCAUGGGGCACAAGAAAAACGGGAAGUCCAAGCUCAUCAGACACCCCAUUGAGCAGCGGUCUGAGCCAAAGCCGCUUUCUGUUAUGGAAGGGCUGCUAGGAAAGAGCCACUUGGUGAGCAAUAACUCGUUUUUGGCCGACAUCAUAGGAGGCGCCGCCGAAGAAAGAGUCCCACUUUCAAAGGAGGCGGAGUAUGAGGAGGAAGAGCCUGCCAUCGACUACGGAUACAAGAGCAGCUCGGACGUUCCUAUCGAAAGAACAGUGCAGGGAACCAGAAAAGUCCAUCUCAAGAAGGGGGCCUCGCUCAAAUCCCCCAAAAAGCCAAGCAGGCUGUCUUCGCCCAGAAAGAGCAUUAUGAACAAAACAGAAGAAAGCGCGUUCACGCCUUUAGUUUCCAAGAAGAGCCUGUCUGCACAGGAGCAGCUGGCCAAGCUGGAGGGCCUUGUAAGCACAUUGCAGAAUAACAUAUCCGCACUAAAAGAGGUUAUUGGUGAGUCUUAG